AUGGCCUCACCUUCCCAUCCAGUCAUAAAAGGCUGGAUUGAAAAGAUGGAAAGAGAGUCCAACACCACUAAAGAAAUUACAACAUACUACACAGCCGACAUCAAUAAACUCAUCACCACUUCAGAACCCCAAAAGUUCUCAGUAGGAACCGGCGCACAGAUUCUUUCCAACGUCCUUCCAAAAUGUGUCUCUGCGAACCACGAAUUGAUACUGGUCACCUGUUUCUGGGCCGACUCCUCUUCAAGAAAAAUGGUUGGCACUUUACUCGAGAAGCUUUCCUCAAAAGGUCUCGCACAGGGCCAGAAGAUCCACUUUCGUCUUUGUUUCUCUUCUCAUUCCAAGAUGCAAAAACUGUUUGGAACCUCUAGCCCGGAUGGACAGGUGUAUCCGCCGGAUAUGUGGAUGGAGCUUGGACUUCCAUCACCAGCGCUUUUGAUGGGUUUGGAUUUGAUUGUGAAGUGCAUUUUUGUGCGACCAUUCAGUGUUGUACACCCCAAGUUUAUUCUCGUUGAUCGAAAACUGGCGUUCAUGCCUAGUUGCAAUGUCAGUUGGGAAGAUUGGUUCGAGGGAUGUAUAGAGCUUCGAGGAGAGAUAUGCAAGGCCCUGUUUUAUUUCUGGGUCGCCUUUUGGUCGAAGAAUACCGAUUUACCUCAUCUCUUGCAGGAGGAUAACGAGGAUCAGGCCGCAAACUCAAAACCAGCAGAUGGGGAGGAGGUGAACAACUUGAUACAACAUAUAUCGGUCUCACAAUCCGCACCUAUUACUACAAUCCUCCUUCCCUCACCUCAUCAUCGCAAUCCAAACUUCAGACCGUUCGGCAAGAUUCCCAUCGUUCCUCACACACCACUCAACAAAUUUCUCAUUCAUAUAUUCGAAACCGCCCGUCAAGAGAUCUUCAUCCAAACCCCAAACCUCACAGCCCGUGCCGUCAUCCGCGCCCUCCUCUCAGCUCUCAUACGAGGCGUAAAUAUCCGCAUCCAAACGAGCUGCAAACUUAUGACCCAGGAACAAUUAGUGACAGCUGGAACAAUCACCGAAUUCGAAGUCUGGAAGCUGCGUCGUCGACACAGCAAACUUCGAUGCGUCCAGCAGAAAAAGUUCACUGCCGAUCCCGAAAUUCAAGAACCAAAGUUGGGAACGUUGGAUAUCGCUUAUUACAGACCAAAAGGUAAAGGUGGAAAUGAACCGGUGAAGGCUCACAUGAAGCUUACCAUUGUGGACGAGGGGAUUGUAGUAUUGGGAAGUGGAAAUAUGGAUCGCGCUAGUUGGUAUACAAGUCAAGAACUUGGUGCAGCAUUCUUCUCGAAGGAUAUGGCCAAGUCUAUUAGGAGUUGUGUGGAGGAGGGUUUGGAGGGCCGACUCAAGUUUUGA